CUGACCCACUAACAUUACGUCGAUUUCGGUGUGGCGGCGCGAUCAAAAUAAACAAAUUAUUAUUUAAUUUAUUGUUUCAUAAUGAUUCGGCGUAGACGUUUGAAGUUGCAGUGGUUUUUGACAAUAUUUAUUACCAUUUUGCUGAGUGGACCCGUUGCUUAUAAAAAUAUUAAAUUUACUAAUAAUUACAAUAAGAAAAUUAUGAGUGUGGACAAUUUUCUAGAAAAAUCUUCAUUAAGCGUAACUAUCACCAAUAAUUACAAUAACAAUAUCACUCAUAGUUCAACUACAGCUUCAAUAUUGCCAAUAAGAAAACAUGUCACCAAAUCGAUGGCCCAGCUGGGAAAAAUGGAUGAAGUAAAUAAACAUUUUUUGUUCCUUAAUUCUGUUCCUGAUAGUGGUUCGGAAAUUUUGAUUUUUCUCUUAGAAAAAAUACAGGGUGUUAAUGAUUUUAAGCAUGUCAGACUUAAAGGUGGGAACAGGAGGAAGUUGAAUAAGAUGCAACAGGCGAGCAUGGUUGAUAAAAUCUACGAAAUAAGAAGAAACCUACCAAUACCAUUAAGUUUUGACCGAAAUUUAUAUUUUUUAAAUUUUACUUUCUUCGACAAGCAAUUACCCACCUACAUCAAUCUUAUUAGACAUCCAGUUACGAAAGUAAUGGCCAGAGCAAUUUCAAAGAAGACCGGAACUUAUGAUAAAUAUUUUUUGAAAUGUUUAUUGGACAUCAAAGGAAACUGUAAAUUUAGAAACGGACGCCCCUACGACCUAACUAUCCCUUAUUUUUGUGGUCACGAUCCUAAAUGUAUGUUGUUGAACAAUAAUUGGGCUCUUGGAAUAGCAAAAGAGAAUGUGGAGAAAUAUUACCAAGUGGUCGGUGUACUUGAAGAACUUAACAAGACCCUGGAUGUACUUGCAGCACAUAUUCCACAAUUUUUCUCUGAUGCUAAAACAGUUUACCAGGAAAAUUUAUUAGAUAUUUAUAGGCAUAAAAAGGAACUGGAAAUUCCAAAAGAAAUUUACAAUGCUCUCGAAGAAUCUCUAGUAAAUGAAAUAGAUUUCUACAAUUUUGUUAAAGAAAGAUUGCUGAAGUAUGCGCCAGAACGUCAAGUAAAAACUCUAUUUAAGAAAAAAUUGUAUUAUUGA